AUGGUUGGAGGAUACUUCGAUCUUCCCGUCGCUGGAUCGUCCCGACGUUCGAGCAUGACCGACGGAUCUGGGGGUGCGAGCAGAUCUUCUCCAUGGCCAGGUCUAUCCCCCUUGCCUACCCCGAAUGAAGAGCAACCGUUGGAUCCCACAGGAGCACGCAGCAGGAAUCGGAAUGCAGGCAUUCUGAAAAGUGCGAACCGCGUUAAGUUUACUGUGAGUGAAUACGGCCUGGACCAGAGACCCGGCAGGUCAGCGUCAGAGACCGCGACGACAUUGCUCCAGAGGCCCAUGCCGACGGCCAGCAUUCCAUCGACGGACAAGGUUUCCGCAGGUGCCCAAUCGCUGCCUCUUGUCGACAUUAGCACAAGCUCCCCAACGCCUGUCAAUGGUAUUACCAUCCACUCACGGGCCAGUUCUCCGAGCGAUGAAACUAGCACAAAAGCUAUCCACUCUGCUCAGGAACGAGCCCAGCGUCUAGCAUCCCUUCUUGGUCGGUCUGGCAAGUCUCCCAAACCUAGUCCUCGGUCGAGCGUACAAUCUUCGAUUGCGUCUACCCCCACUGAAGCUGCAUUGCCGUCGGAGGAUGGGGAUGAUAUUCCCAUGAUCAGCCUUCCCGAAAAGCAAUUCAAAGACUACGACGACUUCUCGGAUGAUGAGCGCGACGCGAUAGGUGGAGGAUCAUCAUCGUCAUCGCAAGCUCAUCGGCUCGUUCAGCGGAUGACUCGACGGGACUUCAGCUUCAUGAACCGUAUCCCCGCACCGUCCUCAGGACUCCGCUCGGGACAGACGAGCCCAGGUGGGGAGCGCGACCCUGACGGCUAUGUCGAACGCCCAAGCCAUUACCGUGGUGGAAUUCUCUCAGCCCUCCUCAAACUCAACGAUCAACGUGACAGCAACCCCCAGUACCAACGAGGUCGAUACAUGCAUUCCCAGCAGGGCAGCACCAGUGAGCUGAGUGCGCGAGGCCUAUCGCCAGACCCGAAUUGGAAGCUUCCACCGCGCCCCAGGAAAUGGUACGAGAAAUCGCCCAACGUGUCGAGUACGUCUCUGUCUGGCUCAACGAUCAAGGAGUCGAUCAGUUCGCCUAUUGCGAUGCUCAAACGCUCGCGGAGCAACAGCGGCAAGCGCAUGGGGAGACCACGAUUGGAGGAGGAGAUUCGCAUUACUGUUCACAUCGCCGAAUUGCUUGCACGUCAGCACUAUGUGAUUCGUCUCUGUCGAGCGUUGAUGAAGUUCGGUGCCCCGACUCACCGUUUGGAGGAGUAUAUGAACAUGACAUGUCGGGUGUUGGAGAUUGAGGCCCAGUUCCUGUAUCUUCCGGGAUGCAUGAUUAUCUCCUUCGAUGAUACAUCGACACACACCACCGAGGUCAAGGUGGUCCGGUCGACACAAGGCGUGGAGUUGGGCAAAUUGGCCGACGUGCACGUUAUCUACAAGGAGGUUAUUCACGAUGUGAUCGGUGUGGAGGAGGCCACUCAGCGGUUGGACGAAAUCAUGAAGCGGAAAGACCAGCACCACGUCUUGUUUCGCGUCUUCAUUCACGGAUGUGCCGCUGCCUUGGUGGGUCCUUUUGCAUUCAAUGCGCGCCCUAUCGACAUGCCCGUCGCGUUUGCCCUUGGAUGCCUUUUGGGAGUGUUACAGCUGGUUCUGGCGCCCCGAUCGGAACUUUAUGCAAACGUAUUUGAAGUCUCUGCCGCUAUCCUGACCUCUUUCCUCGCUCGCGCUUUUGGUAGCAUUCGCUACAAUGGCGAACCACUCUUUUGUUUCUCCGCCUUGGCCCAGUCCUCCAUCGCCCUCAUUCUCCCCGGAUACAUCGUGCUGUGCGCCAGUCUGGAACUGCAGUCGCGCAACAUGGUUGCCGGAUCUGUCCGUCUCGUCUACGCUAUAAUUUACUCUCUUUUCCUCGGUUUUGGUAUUACCAUUGGUACUGCCAUCUACGGUUGUCUCGAUUCCACCGCGUCCACCGACUACACCUGUCCUCCCUCUCCUAUCCCCAACGAAUACCUCCAACGAUUCCCAUUCGUCAUCCUCUUCAGCAUCUGCCUCGCUCUCGUCAACCAGGCGAGAUGGCGCCAGCUCCCUGUAAUGUUAUUCGUCGCCUUCGCAGGCUACGUUGUCAACUAUUUCGCCACGAAACGCUUCGCCACCAACACUCAGGUCGCCAACGCCGUGGGUGCCUUUGUCGUCGGCAUUCUGGCAAACUUGUACAGUCGCCUCCGACACGGCCUCGCCGCAGCUGCCAUGCUCCCCGCCAUCUGGGUCCUCGUUCCCUCCGGUCUAUCCGCGAGCGGAUCCUUGAUUUCCGCAAUUGCAGCGGCCGAGCAGAUGAACUACUCCCCAUCACCAUACGCUGUGGUCAACAACGGUACACAGGGUUUCAUGGACGCAGCUAAGAACAUGACUUCCGCGCAGUCCCGUGGAGUCACAUUCGAUGUUGCGUACGGCAUGGUCCAGGUCGCCAUCGGUUUUACCGUGGGACUGUUCCUUGCGGCUUUGGUGGUCUAUCCUUUUGGAAAGAAGCGGAGCGCACUGUUCGCUUUCUAA